AUAGUACAGAAAUUUUAUUUUUUGUUCAAUUAAUCAUGUAUCAAUUAUUAAAUCAAAUAUUCGGAUUUCUUUUUUUCAACAAAAAAAAAUUAUAUAAAUUCAUUGAAAGCCAUUGUACUGAAGAAUGUGAAUAAAAUGGUGAAAGUUAAUUCCCAAAAUGGGCAGUCCAGUAUCCUGCCCCAGUGGUAUAUAAAAUACAGCAUAAGGGAGAUGGGUUGCCAACCGCCAAAAUUCAGUGUGGAAGGAAAUCCAGUGGAUACGUCAGAAACUUGUCUCAUGGAAAAUCAAUCUCCUGACGCUCUCCUCAACUCUGAAGAAAUCCCAGACAAUUUCGUUUGUUGCGUCUGUUUGGAUCUUCUCUACAAGCCAAUUGUUCUGCAUUGUGGUCAUAUAUCAUGUUUUUGGUGCGUUAAGAAAUCAAUGAGUUCUCGAUACGAGUCCCAUUGUCCAAUUUGUAGAAAUCCAUAUUCUCACUUUCCAGGCAUCUGCCAAAUGCUUCACUUCUUGCUGUUAAAGUUAUUUCCCAUUACGUAUAAGAAAAGGGCAGACGAAAUUCUGGAUGAGGAAAAGAAAGCUGGCUACUUCUCGCCAGAAUUCAACAGUCAUGCUUGUGAAUUACAUGCUGACGGAGAAUUUAAUUACCUCAGAAAUCCUGCACAUUCUUCUGCCAUGUGUUUUCAGUCUAGCUCGUAUUUGAACUCUCACGCUACCAGCAAAGACGAACUUUGCAAAACUGCUGGGCAAGUAGAGCCUCAUGAUAAUGACACAAUUCAUACCAACCAAAACUCUGAUAGAGAUCUUAGUAAGAUAAAACCUGUUGCUGGCAAAGAAAAGGAACAGGUUUCAGUUGCGGAUUUGCUUUGUACUGCAUGCAAGCAAUUGCUUUUUCGUCCUGUUAUUCUUAACUGUGGCCAUGUUUAUUGUCAAACUUGCAUCAUCAUCCCUGCUGAUGAAAUGCUUAGAUGUCAAGUUUGUCAAGGUUUGCAUCCAAGGGGCUUUCCAAAAGUCUGUUUGAUGCUUGAUCAGUUUUUGGCUGCUAAAUUUCCCAAAGAAUAUGCAUUGAGAAGAGAUGCUGUUCAGCUAAAGCAAGUUUCUUCCAAGCAUGAGAGAGCAACCACAUGUUCCUUGGAGGCUGGUAAGCAAGAUUUAUCACCUCUCCAGUUGCCCUCAAGAGACCAUCUAUCUUUCUCAGUGCAGCCUGGUGCGAAUAUACAUAUAGGAGUUGGUUGUGAUGCUUGUGGGAUGUCUCCAAUAGUUGGGGAUAGAUACAGAUGCAAGGAUUGUACGGAGAAAAUAGGCUUUGACCUUUGUGGAGAUUGCUAUAAUACUCGACCUAAGUUUCCAGGAAGGUUCAAUCAGAGACACACCCCAGAACACAAGUUUGAGCUUAUGAAGUGCGACAUUUUCCGAAGGUUGAGGCUGAUGACUGAACGUUUAGAUAAUGGUUCUACUUCUAUUGUUAUCUCUGAUGAUGCUUCGGAAAUUUUGGAAAAUGGCCAGCAUGGCAAUUCUCAGGAUAAUAUUAGCAGUAAUCUAGCUGCUUCAUUUCUUCACAUGGAUAGCAUGGGGGACCAAGAUGAUACCCUAACCACUGAUUGAAUACAGAAGUCCACAAAAACCCCCAAAGUCAUUUUCUGGUGAUACGGACAGGUGGAUUACUUAUGGAUCAUGGUUCUUACUUAGUUCUGUAAAUUGGGCGGGAAAAGGCAAGGUACUAUUCUAAUCCCCGUUACAUUGCGAUCCAAUUUUGUAUAUUUCAUGCAACCCUGUGGAGUCGCUUUGAUUAUUGCAUGUUUCUAUGUAUCUAUGGCCUUUUGCAUUCAUUUCAAAUUGAAGCUGCCCUUGGUCUGUGAUAAGCUCAAGCACCUGGCUUGUUGGAAGCUGCUCCUUGUUUGUGAUUAGGUGACCUAAUUAAAAUAUCAUUUUGGUUCUUUGCAUCUAUUUGUGGUGGCAUGCCAACGUGAACCACGAUGCUUUCUCUGGCUGAGCCUGGUACGUAUGUCAGAUGUGAGCCGACAUGGUGGCGAGUACAGAUUUGGGGCGUUGGUUAAUAAGUAUAGCUGUCUGUAUAUUCGGAUAUUCCUGGUGGACAUUGUGUAUAUGUAUAGAACUACUCUUUACAUUCAUGAUUGGUUUAUGUGCUUGGCAUCUUGUGCAUUUGCGAAGAAAGUAGAGAGUAACAGAAUUUGUUUGUGAAAUUGAU